GUGAGGAAAGGGCCAGUUGGCUCCUCGGUCAAUCCUCCUGACUGACAGCUGAGAUCAGUGGCUUCAUCUCACUCUCUCUUUCUGCCUUGGCUUGUUUUCGAAUCCUGGCAAGUGGAGUUGUUGCUGCAAAGAUCUCUGGCUCGGCUUGGUGAGUUGGCAUUCCCAAACAGGACAAACGGAGAGGAGGAGGAAUUCAGAAGCUCUCCUCCAACCCCCUUCUCCCUCUCUUCCUGUCACUGGGAAGUUUGUGUCUCCUGCCCCCCUUUCCACCAGGAUGAGGCCUUUGGGGGUGUUAUCCUUCCACUGUCAGAGGCAGCGGGGCGACUGGGAUCCCAAGCAGGGACAGCUGCUGUUCUGCUCAGGUCCUGCCUGUGAGGUUCCCAAUGGUGGCAUCGAGUUGACCACUGGGAGAACAGGAGGUUGGGCAGUUUUCAACUGUUUUUAAUAUUGUGUUUUAAUAGUUACAACCCACACUGGGUUACUCGCCCUUUGAGUGAAGGGCAAGUAAUGCAUUUUAAUAGCAGGGGUAGAAUCAUAGAAUUGUAGAGUUGGAAGGGAACAGGGUGGUCAUCUAGCCCAACCCCCUGCAAGGCAGGAAUCCUGUACAUUUUGGCAAAGCAAUUUCCCCUAGCACAGCGCAUUUUUGCAUGUUGUGUUCAGUAUGAUAUGCAUCUGUAGGCACACUUUACCCCAGUCCAUGCAUUUUUGUUCACAUUACUUAGGUGGAGAAAAAGAUACCAAAGUUCAGAGAGGUGCAAAUUUCAAAGGAUAGCUUUGUUUCAUUCUUUCCGAAAGUGCAAAGUAGGUCAGGUUUACCAUUCAAUGCAAACCAAAUCAGGUUGCUCCCCCACCCCCAGUCCCUAGUGACUGAGGCCAGACGGAAUAAAUACAACGUUUUGCGUGUGUGGCUCAGAACACAGACACCUCUCAGCCUUCCUUCUCCUUUUGCAGGAUCCCCACGGCGUCUCUCUCAUUGUGCUCUUCGGGUGCUUGCAAGAGUCAUGCUUGGGCCAGGGCACAGGGGCUGCUGCUAACGCAACAGACUAAUGCUGUUAUUGUACAAGGGGAAGGAGCAGAGGGGCGGUGGCACAUGAUCUCCAGCAGAUAAAGAUGCUUCUUUCUCAGAAGACCUGCAAUUGAUGACGCAGGCUUUGUCCCACAGGCUGAGAGCCUUAGAUCUUUCUUCAGAAAAAGGAAGUCAACAUAUGCCAGCAGUCAAACAGGUGUACGUUGCAGAUAUUGUGAGCCAUAUGUUUCACUGAGCAUCAGUCUGGUUCACUGGGCUUCAGUUUGAUUUAGAAGGAACCAAGGACAGGGAGCGGGGGUGAGAAAGUGAAUUCAAUGUGCAUUUGAAGGCCAAUCCAUUAAAUUGGCACUUUCCGUAACAAUGCGGGAACCAAAACACAGUCCUCUGAAAUUCAUACUCAUCUGAAAUUUGCAAUGCAGGUCUCCAACCAAACCAUGUUUGCAAAAGUGAGUUUUGCAAAAGUGAGAUUAUAAUCAGAGAACUGUAGAGUUAGAAGGGACCUCCAAGGAUCCUCUAGCCCAACCCCCUGCAGGAAUCACAGCUUAAAAAUAUCUGAAAGAUACCCAAUGUCAUGUUAAAAAGUUCCAAGGAAGGAGAGUCCGCCAUCUUCCGAAGGAGUCUGUUCCACUCUUGAACGGCUCUUAACGCCAGGAACUUUUCCCUGAUGUCAAGUCGGAAUCCCAAGGGAGAAGGCAAAAGAGAGGAACAACUUCUCUCAAUACACUUUCUCCAUGCCAAAGACCCCCAUUGGCUCCCAGUACGUUUCCGAGCACAAUUUAAAGUGUUUAAAGCCCUAAAUGGCCUCGGCCCAGUAGACCUGAAGGAGCAUCUCCACCCCCAUUGUUUUGCCUGGACACGGAGGUCCAGCUCCGAGGGCCUUCUGGGGGUUCCCUCACUGCGAGAAGCAAAGCUACAGGGAACCAGGCAGAGGGCCUUCUCGGUAGUGGCGCCCGCCCUGUGGAAAGCUCUCCUGUCAGAUGUCAAAGGCAUAAACAACUGUCUGAAAUUUAGAAGACACCUGAGGGCAGCCCUGUUCAGAGAAGUUUUUAAUGUGUGACAUUUUAAUGUAUUUUUAAUCUUUUUUGGAAGCUGCCCAGCGUGGCUGGGGAAACCCAGCCAGAUGGGCGGGGUACAAAUAAUAAAUAAUAAACACAGGAAGCAGCAGUUACGAGUCACCAUCCUUGCAGCCAAGUGGUUUGUAUGGACUGGACACAGAGGAAUGGUGGGAGGAACCAGCUGGGAACCACUAAGAAGAGCCUGGAGAUGCCUCCAGAGGAAAAAGGGGAACAGACUUGGAAGAGGUGUCCGAAGGGCUUAGUGAGAAAGGGGAGUCUGUGGCAGAAGCUGAAGCAGGAGAGGCAGGACGCUUCAGCCUGUGAAGAGGCCUGGCUGUCUCCCCCUCCUGCUGCGACCAGCUCCCCUCCCCGCUUGUCUCCCAGAACCAGGAGAGGCAUGCAAAGGGCGGGGGAGAGGUUGGCUGCAUGAUGGCACAGACUCUGCUUGUUUGGGGAAAACCCUGGAGAGGAGGGGACUUAGAUCAGCAGAAGGAGGUGGGGACUCAGUCUUGGCAACUGGUUUUCCUGGAGUUAGACCACCGGGAAUGAGCUGCUCUGUUCCUUAGGCCUGACAGGGAACCAAGUGUGUGAAGAGUGUGGUUUUGCUAAUCAAGAGUUAACUCGGACUUCAAACUGUGUGGUUACUGGUCGGCAUCUUCCUGUGACAUAGUUUGACUUCACCCCAUUGUCUCCGGAGACAUACAGAUGCCAACUCAACCAUGCCACCUCCCCUAUCACAUAUUUUUUUUUGGGGGGGGGUAUUUCAUUUCCUCCCGGGUGCCACAUUCUCUGUCUUUUUCUUUUCCAGCAUAGAUUUGUGACGUCUCCUCUGCUGCUCCAGUUCCUACGUCACAUUUCGAGUUUCCUUCCCUUUGGAAGUAAGGCCUCUUGUCUGCUGGCAGCCUUUCCGAAGUGGAUGGGGAAUAUUCAUGGACCAUUCAAAACCUCCGCCACCCCAGGGAGGCCUUAAUCCAAAUGCCUCCCAGCCCCAGCAACCGGGGGCGCACCCAUCUUCUCAGUCCUAUGCCGGCUACCCGCCAGGGCCAUACCCGUCUGCUUAUUCCACCUACCCGGCGUACGCACCGCCAUACGGCUACCAGGGCUACCAGGCCUACCCUGCCCCUCUGCCUUCGGGACUAGCCUAUGGGCCUGGGCCCGGGCACCCCGUGUACAUCAUAGAAGAGCGGAAGGAGCCCUCCACCUUGGCCACCUGCCUGGCCGCUUGCUGGGCCACCCUCUGCUGCUGCUGCGUCUGGGACGUCUUGACGGCCCCCCGGCUACCAUGAAGGGCCUCUCAGGACCUCGGCUGUGGACUCCCAUGCCUCCUCCUCCUCCUCCUCUCCAGCUUUGAGCACCGUAAUAAAAUAUUUGAUUUGCACAGCGAUACAA